AUGGCUGCCCACUCCGGAGGUGUCGAUUGGAGCGCAGUUUUAAAACCGUUUUUAUCCUCCUCUUCAGAAAAUGUAGUGAAAAAUGAUAUGACCACUUUGGUCAGAACCAUCAUACAGAAUGAAAAUGAAAUCCUCGAACAUGAUCCGGCCCACAAGCAGUUUUUCGACAACUUUGUCGUCCUGGCGGCAGAAAAUAUUGCAAAUCAGGUCACAUCGCUGUCGCAAACGAAACUGCCGCAAUACACCGAGGCUUCAUCCAUCCUGAUUCGUUAUGUAAUUCAGCACUUGGAUUCCACUGCACCAUGCAAACCGAGCAUCCUGCUGAUGGCGCUGAAAAUACUUUGCGAAGGAAAGAAGCCGGAUGAAAAUCAACCGACGACUGGCGCAGUCUCGUCCAUCAUCUCAAUAUCGGGACUGAAGUGCUUAAAGUACCCAGAAAUUCCGGGCACCAAGUCUUCAUCAUCAGUCGGUACCUCGAGCAGCAGCGCAGGCGGCUCCGGUUCCAGUACCUCCGACAAGGACAGCCCAAAAGUUGAAAUGAAGCGAUCGCGCUCGGAUCUGUCGACGGUAAUUUUGCAGCAGCUCAGUACACCGCUUGGGAACGGAGCGUUCACCUUUUCAGCGCUCAGUGAGGAGCAGACCGAUUGCACGGAUCUGUUCAUCAAACACAACUUGCAGUGCAUGAACGCGAUCAAUGCCGGCAAUUCGCUGCUGAACUGGUGCAACACCGCUCUGACUACGCUCGCCAAGUAUCGGUUCAAGUACGAAGAGUGUACCAUGUUGGGCCGUCCGCUUUACCUUCCAGCUACCACGGCAGAAGCAAACUCCGUAAAGUCCAUGUUCAAUUUCAUGGAAUCAGACAUCUCUAACCUACUGCUGGCGAUUUCGCUUCCCAUGGUAGAGCCGCUAACGCCGAAGAAGAUCACACUUCUAUCGCAGUGUGCCAUUGCGGCACUGUAUUGUGGUGUGCUCACAUCAACUGCAUCUAGCGUCCUCGUCAUGGCAACGGCAGCAUCACAAAAAUCCGCCUCGUCUGGACAACUGCAACAAACCCAGAGCCAAACGAGCAGUGGCCAAACGCAGAAAGAGACCGAAGAGGAGGAAGAUUUUGCACGAGCCAUCGUUGACAAAGCGUUGGAAAUUUUCACCAAAAUCGGGAACCUUCUGAAGGCCUCGACGCGCACCCAUAUUUACCAGAACUACUUGUGCAUUGGCGCAUGGUUGCUGAUCUCCGGCAUCCAGGGUACGAUGGGAGCGUCAGGCAAUACCAGCAGCCUGCAGCAAAUCGUCCCCGUUACGGCCAAAACGUCGGAAGAAAGUCUAAAGGGGCGCAGUCCGUUGAAAACGCUCGAUGUACCACAAAUCGCCUCGGCCGCUCAACCUUCGCCUGCCUUGCGCGUGAAUCUGUUCAAAGUACAGCAAGGAUUUGGUGUGCUGAAUGCAGCCAUUGCACGCCACAGCAUCACGCUGCUGACUGAGUUAAUCGAUGAUCUGAAGAUUGAUUCGCGUACGGACGAGGAAGAUUAUAGCAGUAUCGAAUCGGCUGGUUUCGACAUUCUGGCGCAGUACACCUCGAUACAGCGGGUCGUCCGUGUGCUGAACAGUGCGACACUGCAGCAGCUACUGACAUUCCUGGCUACGGUGUCGUACCGAAAGGCGUGCACCCUGCGUAGAAUCAACACCAAGAACACCAACGAAGGUGAACCGAUGAGCUAUAGCGACUCUACGACCUACUUCAACGACACGUUCUCGUGCUCAGAAGAAAGCGAACCCGAAGAAGAGGACAGUGAUAGCUAUUUGGGAUUAUGGUUCAAAGAAACGCUCUCUCCCGAAGGAAACGAGGAAAUGACGGAGUCACAGGAGCAAGAGAGCAAGGACGAAAAGGGCCGUCAUGGUAGUCAUCUGGUUCCGGCGAAAGAUGAACCGCAUGAGUAUCUCAAUUUGGCUUCGCUCAUUUUCAACUUCUUCGAUACCUCGCUCGGUGGAAAUCACGUCUACUUGAACCGGUACGUGAAGACUGGUUUGAGUGAGCAACAAAUGGUGCUGAUGGCGAAUAUCUUGCGUGAUCUGGAUCGUGACUCUACGCGCAGUGACCAGGACAAUUCCGGGUGCCUGCAGUGGCAGAAUGCCAUGGUCAAGUUCUCGGGCUCGGUCGGCAAAUAUCUGCACAACCUUAUUUCGAACUCGCUGCUCAACGAGUCACUCCAAUCGGCCCUGUUACUGCACCUAGGUGUUUCUCCCUGGACGCAGGAUUCCAACGUCUGGCCUCUGCAAGUGUAUCCUCGUACACUGGCCGUUUUGGUGCAGAUUCUGUUGCUAAAACCAUCUCAAGAGAAGGAAGCGGCCUGCCUGUCCGUAUGGCAUCGGCUUGUGAACACGUUGGUUGAGGGCAUCUGUAGCACGCCCGCCAUACCGAACGAGUCCGAAGUCGAAGAUCUCAAUGUGGAGCACGCGCAGUUGCUAUUGUUCCUCUUCCAUUCGCUCAAUCUGAUGCAGAAAA